UUGUUGUUCUCCCCAUCCAACCCAAACCCCAAAUUGUUAUUUCUAUGACUCUUUGACUUCUCCAUUUUUCCCCUUCUCACCGGAAAACCCCUUCGCCGGAAAACCUUCACGGCGGUGGAAAAAGUUAUCAUUUCGAAGCGCUCCUUUUACACACUUUCAAUUGCAGGGUGUAUAGUAUGGGGAAAACUUGGUGCUUCAUAUUGGUUACAUCGUUAUGCCUUUUUGCCUUUUCAGAUGGUAGAGAACUAAAGGCUAGACAUACAAGUAAACUUGCCCAGUACAAUCAUACUCUUGCUACAAUAUUAGUGGAAUAUGCUUCUGCGGUAUACUUGUCAGAUUUGACUCAACUUUUUACUUGGACAUGCUCUAGAUGCGGUGAUUUGACCAAGGGAUUUGAAAUUAUAGAGUUGGUUGUUGAUGUCGAGCAUUGCUUACAGGCGUUUGUUGGAGUGGCCGAUGAUCCGCAUGCUAUUAUCAUUGCAUUCAGAGGAACUAAUGAACACAGUUUACAGAACUGGAUCGAAGAUUUAUAUUGGAAGCAGCAUGAAAUUAAUUAUCCAGACAUGGAUGAUGCAAUGGUACAUCGUGGUUUUUAUAUGGCAUACCACAAUACAACAAUACGUCCUGCUGUUUUAGAGGCCGUUGAAAGAGCAAAGAAGUUUUAUGGAGAUAUUAAAAUUAUAGCAACAGGGCAUUCAAUGGGAGGGGCAAUGGCUGCGUUUUGUGGACUUGAUUUAACGGUAAAUCAACAAGAAAAAAAUGUUCAGGUUAUGACAUUUGGACAACCUCGUAUUGGGAAUGCUGUUUUUGCAUCUCUCUACAGCAAACUAGUUCCAAAUACAAUCCGAGUCACACAUGAGCAUGAUAUUGUUCCUCAUUUGCCUCCAUACUAUUACUAUUUACCGCAAAAGACAUACCAACACUUCCCAAGAGAGGUAUGGCUUUAUAACAUUGGAUUAGGUAGUCUUGUGUACACGGUUGAGAAGAUUUGUGAUGGAUCUGGUGAGGAUCCAACUUGCAGCAGGUCAGUGAGUGGGAAUAGCAUCAUAGACCACAUGGUCUAUUAUGGUGUUGACAUGGGAUCAGAUGAACCAGGAAUAUGCAGAAUCGUUAUGGAUUCUUAUGUUAUGAGCACUAGCAUCAGAGAUUUAAGAGGAAACUUCAUCUUAUCUAGAGAUCCUGCAACUCCCCUUCUCAAACUGAGUAGGGAGUUUGACAAUCAGGAAAAGACCAUUGAUGUUGAUUGAAUUGGCAUGAGAUAUCUCAUGCAACAUAAUCGCGGGGUCAUUAUACUUCUAAUUUCUUCUUUAUUCACGGUCCUUCCAACUGGCAGCAUAAGAAUUUUAUCAGAAAUAGCUGUGACCGGAAGGAGAUUGUGUAUAUAGUCUUGUAUAUGCCCAUCCUUGUAUAUGUGAAUAUUAAUUCCUGGCAUUGAUGUUAAGUGUACAAUUUCACUUACAAAUUCAAGAAUUCCAGUCUAUUGUAUUUUCAAAAGUUUAAUUUUUACCAAAUUAUUUUUCUGUUCC